AUUUGUAUUCCCUUCCAGCGUGCCCAGAAUGAGUUGUGUUCUCAUCAGAAGAAAAUUUAUGAAAUCGAUACUCAUGCAGGUGUUUCAAUCGCUGGCUUGCUAUCAGACGGAAGAAUCCUCGCCAGGUUUCUUCAAACUGAAUGCUCAAGUUGGCGAUGGGAUUACAAGCAGCCUGUUCCGAUCUCAUCCCUAUCUGAUAGCGUGCAAUUGAAGCUGCAAGCCAACACUCAAUACUAUGGAAGACGUCCAUUUGGAGUAGGAUUGCUGAUUGCUGGAUAUGACAAAGACGGCACUCAUAUUGUGCAAUCAGACCCGUCUGCCGAAGUUGUGGAAAUGUUUGCCUCAUCGAUUGGUGCUAGAUCUCAAUCAGCUCGUACUUAUUUGGAAAGGCAUCUCAAUAAGUUCAGAACAGCUAGUGCUGAUGAUUUGAUCGAGCAUGCUCUUCUUGCCCUUAGAGACACAUUGCCGGCCGAAGAAAAUCUGACCAGCCAGAACACCUCCAUAGCAAUUGUUGGAAAAGGACAACCAUUUAAAAUAAUGGAUGACUCGGAAGUGGCUCCACAUUUAGCUAAGAUCAGCAACACUCCACGCACUAUUGGACAGCCAGCAGAGGUAAGAAGAUAUAAGCAGAUAAAAGUUCAUCUCCAGAAAAGAUGUUUUACAUCUUAUUAUUUUCUUGUUUUUCUGAAAUACGAAAUUUCUUGA